AUGUCACUCAUGUUGUUGGAAACUUGGAGCUCUCACUGUUGUCGUUGUACAGUGCUUUAAUUGUGAUCUCUUCUUUUGGGUUGGCGAAAACAAUACUUCAAAUUGUGUGGCCUGUUGAAGAGGCUUGGCCAGUAAGUUACAACCCUAGCAACUUCUUAGAAACCACCCAAAACACCCUAGAUGCCUCUUAGCAAUGUGCUGAACCCAACCAGAGCGCCCUAACAACCAGUCAAAGUUUUGCACCACUUAAAAUUAAAGAUCUUUUUAGUAGGCUAUUGGUGAAUAAACAGUAGAUUAGUGGCGCGCUGAAGGGAGAUGUUUUUUUUCUCACUCUGGUUCUGUGGGCUGUAUGCAAACCCUGCCGUGCACAAAGCUAAAGGGUGAUAAGAUGCUUAUUUGACUUGCUCUGUGCACCAGGAGGAAAUGAUGUCAUCAAGCACAAGACAGACAGGAUUGUUUUGCUCAGCGCUGAAGCUGUCCAGCACAAGCCUCACAUGCGCUGACAUAUUUUUGUUGAUUGGUUAUGCAAAGAGUGUCCAGCGUUUCAGGUCUUGCCGCCUAUGGCUGUCUGUCUGUCGAGGGGAAAGCGUUCCACCGGAGUUUUUUUUAAAAAGCCCUUGUGUUCGAUGCUCUUGCACUAUCACAGACCAACACGAUUUAGGGCUCCCUUCUUUUCCUCCGUGGAUCUCAGACAACAGUCAAGAGGGAAGGACAACUCAGCCCCACUUAAAUGUACUGCUAAAGCCUCUGUAUUAAAAAACAAUAACUUUUUUUUAUGUUUAAAAUCAAAUAUCCUCCAAAGAUUGACGAAAAGAUAGGGCGACUGAGACCAAGGAGGUGGCAGAAAAGUUUCCGUCAAGGAACUGAAGAUCUAUGCUCUGCAAUGCCUCAGCCCAGCAUUAGCGGAAUGGAUCCUCCCUUUGGGGAUGCCUAUCAAAACUGCUCUUUUACUGACCAGGCACUGACCAGCACAGACCUGUUGGCUAACAGUUCUGACCCUGAUUUCAUGUAUGAACUGGAGCUUCAAAGAAGACGGAGAAAGCCAGAGUCUUGUGCCCUGCGUUUAUCAGUAUCCUUAUGUUCGUUGGGUGAAAAAGAAAACUCAAUAAACAAAGAUCGGGACAUGACUUGUCGCCAGAGCCCUAGAGGAGAUAUUUUCACAGCCGGAGACUGCAAAGACUUAGACAGCAUGGAUCAUCUACCUGAGCUAGUAGACAACGACCCUGCUUAUAGCUCAAACUUUGAGCAGUGGGACACAUACUGGGAGGACUUGACAAAAUACACUCGCCUCACCAGUUGUGAUAUCUGGGGCACCAAGGAAGUUGAUUUCUUGGGCCUUGAUGACUUUUCCAGCCCUUACCAGGAUGAGGAGGUGAUAAGCCGGACGCCGACCCUGGCCCAGCUCAACAGUGAGGACUCGCAGCCAGUUUGUGACACUCUUUACCAUCCGGAUUUGCUGGUGGGUCAAAAGCAGCUUUUGUUUCCACCUCCCACCAUGGCCAAAAAGAGCAACAAACUCAGCAGCUCUGCAAACAGCGCCUCAUCUAGUCGCAACCUUCUGCCGGACUUUCCUGAGGGAUCCCAGAAAGCUACCUGGCCCGUUCCCUCCAGCACUGACACAAUGGCCAAGGCCCAGCUUCAGGGCCAUAGCAAAGCCUCUCCCGCACUUCUGGACAACAUGGAUUAUGUGCGCAAAGCCAGGGUACGCAUCAGCUUACCACGAAAGCCUAUAGUAGGGAGCUCCACCCAGAUUAGCAUUUCUGCCUCUCCCCUUAUCCAGGAGCAUGAGUCCUCAGCUUCGCAGAUCAGCGAGGAUCCAGCCGUCGUUGUUGCUAACACGGCAUCCUCCAUUAGCUGCGAAAAGAGAGUGGAGACACCUAAACGUGAGGUACUGACUUGUCCUGGUCCAGAAAUAGGGACCCUAAGGACCGUGCCACACACACUGCACUUCCCUGCAGCUGUCGAAAGUGAAACCUUGCUCACCGCGAAUGCCCUUGGAUCCGACGCGUCUGCCGCUGACAAAAAGGAGGAAGAGCACAACUACUCUUUAUUUUUAACCAGGGUCAGGCUGGCAGGGAAGGCGACUGUUGACAUGGAAGAGGAGGAAGAAGAGGAGGAAGAAGGCGAAGAAGAGGAAGAAGAGGAGGAGGGAUUGGAUCUAGACGAUGAAGACCAUGAUGAAGGGUUUGGCAGUGAACAUGAGCUCUCGGAGAAUGAAGAGGAAGAGGAGGAGGAGGAGGACGACGAUGAGGACUAUGAGGGUGACAAAGACGACUACGUUAGUGAUGCAUUCUCAGAGCCAGGAUGUGACAUUGACAUGGCUGAUGAUGUCAAAGGCCUGACGGCUGGAAUUUCCAGAAAGAGGGGAAAGCGUCGAUACUUCUGGGAGUACAGCGAGCAGCUCAUCCCAUCUAAACAGGAGCGCAUGCUGAAACCAUCCGAAUGGGACAGAGACACACUUCCCAGCAACAUGUACCAAAAGAAUGGCUUGCACCAUGGAAAAUACACACUGAAGAAGUCGCGGCGGACGGAUGUGGAAGAUCUUACUCCAAAUCCUCGAAAGCUGCUUCAGAUUGGCAAUGAACUCCGGAAACUCAAUAAAGUCAUUAGUGACCUGACGCCGGUUAGUGAGUUACCCCUAACCGCUCGGCCUCGGUCUCGUAAGGAGAAAAACAAGCUUGCAUCCAGGGCCUGCAGGCUGAAAAAAAAAGCGCAGUAUGAAGCCAACAAAGUCAAGUUAUGGGGCCUUGGAACUGAAUAUGAUCGUUUGCUGUUUGUGAUCAAUGCAAUCAAAGAAGAGAUUGUCAGCAGAGUACAGGAUAUUUCACAUGACAAAGGAAAAAGCAUGACAGAGAAGCUGGAUAAACUCAUUGAGGAUACCAUAGUGCAACCCCCAGUGGCCGGCCAGACUUCAGACUUUGUGAAUCAGAUCCUGGAGAACACUGGGAAAGGAGAUCCCACCGGAGGGCUGGUGGGGCUGCGUGUGCCCACGUCGAAGGUGUAGAGUCACGCCGACUGGCGAAGCCAUCCACACCAUUCUUGUCCCACACUGUAACGGCCCGACACUCUGCAUGCACAUUUCACUUGGAGACGCAUCCUCACAUUUAAAGUGAAUACAUGCAUACGAUACCCGCCUGUCUGUGCAUACGUAUAUGUAUAUUCACCUCGUGCACACCAAUGGAAAUGCAACUAGUAGUUAACCUUUGCACUCAGUAGUCCAUUUCCUACCAUGUGUGCAUGUGGCUGGUAUUGAUCAACAGGCCGCCAUUUUGCAAAUAUUAAAAGCCAAUAUACGAGAUACCUCUAACAAAUGAGAAAAAGAGAGAGAACAUAGCUAAACAAUGAGCACCAGUUCUUGCUGUAGCCAUUUUUUCUCUUGCGUCCAGCUAAAUCUGUCAGAUGCCCAUUGAGAGUUUUGGGAAGCAGAGGCACACUCUGCAGAGAAACUACGAAGGCAUUAGUUCCUUUGAUUUGGCCGUCAAAAAGGUGUAAAUGCAAACUUUGCAAGUUUUUGAACAUGGCGUGUACGAUUUGACCCUUGUUAGGCCUACUUUAUACACUUAUUAAGUGUCCGGGGGAAUUCCUGUUUGAAUCAAUUGUUGUGAUGAUCAAUUGAGAUGCACCAACUACAACAAGGCAAACGCAAAUACUGAUAUUAAACGCAAAGUUACUGAUGUUUAGUGUAUAUAUGUAGAACAGGGAUGUUUCAAGAGAGUAGCAUGUGAGGAAGCAGGCCUCAAACGCCCUUUCCCACAGAUCUGCGAUCGUCUCAGGUUGGUAAGAGAGAGAGAGAGUGUGUGAGUUUUUUUUCCUUCUUCUUUCUUUGACUUGAGCAUAUGGUCAGUUAAAUCCCUUAUUGUAAAUACUUAGAUUGAUUGAUUAUUAUCCACUGGUGAAAUCUUUUCCCUUCUACGCCUUUGAUGUUGUUUUGCAAAUUCUCAGCGAAAGAGGCUUAAAAAGCUGAAUCCCAGACUGGGUUUUGUUUAUAUUUGUACUUUAUACAAGUAAGAUUCAUUGUGCCUUGUAAUCGUGGAGUUGAGGAAAAAUAAAACUCGAUAGAGAGCGCAAAUGGACCAUUUUGCAGAAAUACUCUGAAUGUACAUAGGAACAUGGAGAAUAUAGAUAUAUGCCACAGAGUCUGUGCUUUGUAUCAUAAGAUGGCUCUGGACAAUUUUUUGGGGUACUUCGGAGGGUGGGCCAUGUCAUAAUAUAAGAAAUAUUCACAUAUUAAAAAAAACAAAAAUAUGAUAUUUGCACACUAUAUUUUGAUUGUUCUGUUUUUUGUACCAAAGACACAUGCAACUUAAAAAUGGCAACUAGCCAGUCUAAGUAAGGUUUUGCACAGCUUAUCUGACACCGUAUUGAAUGUAGGAAAAAUGGUAGGGUCAGGGAUUUCUAAUGAACUGUGAAAUUUGCUUGGGUCCAAUUCUUUGCAGAAAGAAGCAUUCAUUUGCAUCCUUGUAAAAUUUUGUACUGUUCCUUUUGUUCUCAUAAAUAUCUCUACCACCAUUUGGUUUCCCCCGACCGAAGUUUUGUCGCGUAUUUAAAAGGAGAGCUAUAAAUUUAAUGGAGAUGCUUCUAUUUUGCCCAAAGAAGAUAUUAUCACAAAACCAAAAGGUUUACUAUUCUUUCCAUAGUUGUAGAGGAGAGUGCAUAUACAAAAAUGAUACAUGUCAUUGUCUUGUUUAGAAUUUGAAUACGCAUUAAUCUGUGCAUACAUUAAGAUGCUACCUUCUGAAAUACGAUGUUACUCAUUAAUGUUAAUGAAAGUUUCUAUGCUUGUCUUCUUACUAUUGUUGAAAGAAAAAAUUAAUUCCGUAUAUAUUUUUGUAGAGAUUGUCUUUAUAUUUCCUUUCUGUGCUAUCCACAGAUCUCUCUUUUGAAAGCACUUAUCUUGCUAAAGGUAAUCAGAUGAUCCUUUGCAAAUCGUUUAACGAUAGAUUGUUGGUCAAUAUCUUAAUUUAAAAUUACAUUUAACACAAUCUUAUGUAUACCUUAUAUGUACUUAAUUGGCUGUAACAAUCUCACAAUAAAAGCCAGGGUAAUUUUUAACCCCAGUAUCAAAAGAAGAAAAAAUCAUCAAUUAUAUUUUGCAUAAAGUGAAGCCUAUAAAAAAAUGCACUUUACACUCAAAUUCUCAAUACCAUAGUUCAAACAAUUCAAAACCGCAUUACCGUGAUGUAUACUUACAAUUGUACUUUACGAUUACGUUAAGUAAAAUGAGAAUUACUUCAAUGAGAAUUGAAGAGGAAAGGUGCUUAACUGUGAUGAAAAUAAUGUCAUAAAAACUUAAAUAGUCCGGCUCCAUUUUCAUUAUGAAAAAGAAAAGUUCUUAUUUGAGUUGUGACCUGUGUUUUCGUGAGAUUUCCUUGCCACCAAAAUCUCAAGCUGCUGCGAGUUUGUUCGUUCUGUAAAAUCUCUUCCAAGUGGAAUUGUUAAUAGUUUGCUAAAGGCCUUUUAAAAGUGACUUUGUUCUU